GUGAUUACAUCAAUGAGUAUUGCUGGCAUCGUUUCCACCACCUGCGGCUUCCACAUGAUGCGCAAAGGUCAUGCAGGCGAAGUUCAACGAAUCUGGCAGCCGUUGCCCUACUCAGGAGACAAGUUUUCGAUGCGCUGGACUCCUGCCAUAAGGAGGCUCGGGGAUGGCCUGGGCGGCCUGGCUACAAACAUUGCGCACCAAAACAUGCAGCCCCGGCCCGGCAUGGAGAUUUACGACUCCGACUCUUCUUGGAUUUGCCGCAGCACUUGCGUGCGCAUGCGCAUCUCUCUCCACGAUCAUUGCGAAAGGCCGCGGGCAACAUUCAAGAAGCUUGAUGUGGGAAGGCGGCAUACGUCCUUUUCCAACUUGCGACAGGAGUGCACGAGAUGA